AGUUGUGGGUUAAUAGAGAAAAGGUUGAGAAACUUAAGAGAAGGGCUAUAUCUCAAACUAGCCCUUUGCCUUUACCACCCCACAAACCCUUUUUAAGCUUCUUAUUCUUCUAAGUGAUCAUCUAGUGGUAAGCAAAGCAAUCCCUACUUUUAAUACUAUCAUUCCAUACAAAUCAAGCCCCUUUUAGGGUUUGGGUGUUUUAUAACAGGAACAAAGGAAAAGACAGAAAGUGCCAACGUCAGAGUUCAAAAGAUAAAUUAUUAUUAAAAUAAUAUUGGAGAGAAUUUUUCUUUUUUCUGAAUCAAGUGGGCUGCCCCCUCCCUCUUGCUUCCCUUUGUAGAAUUCUUAGCUUUUUCCUCGGAUUUCUUAGCCUGUUUUCUCACCUGGAAUUUCAUUUAUUUAUUUGAAUUUUUUUAGUCUGCAACUGUAAUCAUCACCUUCUCUACUCUAUUGUCAAGAGGACCCUGCUACUGAAACUUUCUUUGUUCUCUCUCUCACUCUCUCAAUCUAUCUGUGAAUCUUUUUAUACACAUAAAUGGAUAGAAAGGAGAGGGUUAUUGGGUAGUAGAGAGGCUUAGAAGAAAAACCAUCUUAUUGUCUGUAUUUUCCUCGUGUUUUAAUUGCAUGUGAAGAGCUCCUCAGGUUUUGAUGGUUUUUUUUUUUUUCUCUCUAAGAGAUAGAUAGAGGAAAAAGAGAUAUAUCUGAAUUGCGUUGCAGAGUUGUUCAGACAAGCAAUCCAUGGCUAGAUAGCGACAUGGAGAAUAACCCAUCAUCGUCAUCAUCAUCUCUUCACGAGAUUUUCUUUUGCCAACCAAUGAAUGAUGCCUUUCUGUAUCUACAUGUCACUGCCACCUGUUUAUUAACAAAGCUGUGUUUAGUUUGUGUCCAGGGCUGGGGAUUCUCUAUUUCUGGGCUACCCUUUGGUGCUCUACGUUUUGUUGCUUCUUUCAAAGGUGCAGAGUGUUCACUCUUGAACAAGAGCUAAUUAUAAAGUGGAACAAGAUAUCAAAAGAACAAAGAGAGAGAUCAGACUAGUCUCUGGGGUUUUCUCUUGUUUUUCUUCUUGGAGUUUUCUUCUUCUCAGGCAUGUUUCCUGCAGUUAUGUCCAAUUCUACUUCUUUGUCUGAGGAAGCUAGUGUUUCUUCGGGUACAAGAGUUCAAGACUUUGGUGGCUUAAAUCCUAUAGUUUCAACCAUUUCUCCUCAGCAGCAGCUACAAAAAAUUAAAAAGAAGAGAAACCUCCCAGGGAACCCAGACCCAGAUGCUGAAGUGAUUUCUUUAUCUCCAAAGACACUAUUGGCUACCAACAGGUUUGUUUGUGAGAUCUGUAACAAAGGUUUUCAGAGAGAUCAGAACCUUCAGCUUCAUAGAAGAGGCCAUAACCUUCCAUGGAAGCUGAAGCAAAGAAACAGCAAAGAGGUCAAAAAGAGAGCCUACGUUUGCCCUGAGCCUACAUGUGUCCACCACCAUCCUUCAAGGGCUUUAGGCGAUCUUACUGGCAUCAAGAAACACUAUUGCAGAAAACAUGGAGAGAAAAAGUGGAAGUGUGAGAAAUGCUCAAAGAUCUAUGCUGUUCAAUCAGAUUGGAAGGCUCAUUCUAAGACCUGUGGAACAAGAGAAUACAGAUGUGACUGUGGAACCCUUUUCUCAAGGAAGGACAGCUUCAUAACUCACAGAGCAUUUUGCGAUGCAUUGGCUGAAGAAAGUGCGAGACUCUCAGCUAACCAGCUUGCCUCUGCUGCCACAAAUCCAGCUCUCCAUCAUUUUUCAUCCCAAGCCAGCCCCAACCCAUUUUCUCUUUUCACUUUCCAAACCCAUAACUUGCUCAACCCACCAUGGGACCCUACUCAAGCCUCUAACCCUAACCCUAAUAACCCACUUCAUGUCAAGCCUGAGUCUCACCAUUUCUCACCAUUAAUAUUCCAAGAACCACCGCCUCCAAAGGCCCUGAUCACCUCACCUUUCCAAAACCUCCAUGUAAGCAACAACCCUCCCUCCAAUGCUUCCACGUCGGCCACUCCUCACUUGUCAGCCACUGCACUUCUCCAAAAGGCUGCCACUAUUGGUGCAACCGCCACUCAGAUCAACAACAAUAAUGACAACAUGGCGAGUCAAGUCUCCCCGGAUUUCUUGGGUUUCGCUGCUAGAAACCUGGCCACGUGGCAGAAGAGCAGUGACCGUUUCACCAGGGACUUUCUAGGUUUGACUGGAGACCAUCACCACCAUCACCGUCACCAUCAUGGUGGUGGCAAUGGGAAUGCUAACGUUAGCAUGAACGUGAGGGAUGUGCUAAACUACGCCGGGGGAAUGGAGUUGCAGCACUUUGAGAGAGACCACUCGCUGUUGAAGCCCCAAGGUUUUGGAUUCACUGAGCCUGCCUCGGAAACAUGGGGUGAUUGUUGAAGGCAAAAAAAGAAAAAAAAAAAAAGUAAGUUGAUGAAACCAGUGGGAUAAAGAAAAAAAAAAGGCUAAAAUAAUAUUUUAGAGAUAGCCCUUUUUGUAAUGACAGCAAUGCCCUUCCCUUUGUUAGAAAAAAAAA